UAGUAGGGUGGAGGAGAAAGCUUCUGCUGUAGCCCACGUCUGCUCAGCUUAGACCCGACUCAGAAGCUGCAGCGCCUCACUCCAUUCCUCCAGUGCUGUUGAAUCUCCCACUCUGGCGUGACCGCAGUGGGGGGGACGGAGGUUCGGGCGCUGCCCUGGAGCAAAGCGCUGGAACAGAAGAGCCCAAGGAGUCUGACUUACACAUGCAAACGGGCUGUCCCUCCUCGUCCCAGAUCUGCUUAACCGCCGGAGAUGAGGCCCUCAGGACAUUCAACAUGUCUGUUCUGGGAGACACCGGCGAUUACCAGUGGAAGGAGUUCCAGGGAGCCAAGUUAGCUUCCCUUUUUGGACUAGACCAGGAAACCAGUCAAGGAAAUGAGUCCUUCCAAUAUACAGCCCCCAAGCAGCCCAGGAAGACUUCCAUUCAAGCAGCUCCAGAGAGGCAGAAACAGCCUGGAGCAUCCACCGUGCUACUCGCCUCUGCAGUUCAGGCCUUUAAAUAUAUUAACGGACAAUACGUGAAGCAAGGAAAGCUGGGAGCAGCCGUGCUGGGGAACCACGCAACUAAAGAGUACAAGCUUCUGCUGUAUCUGAGCCAGCAGAAACCAGUGACUGCUGCCAGGAUUCACGGGGGAUUCAUUUUCACGGUACAGCUAAACAAGUACUGCACUUUUUAUGAUGACCAGAGGCAGAACUGGUCCCUGAUGUUUGAAUCGGAGACAAACGCGUCAGACUUUUGCAAACAAGUAUGUUUGGCCAAAGCAAACAGCUCUCCCUCAUUAGAUUCUGUGGUGGCUCAGGAUCUGUGUCUUGGUGAGGGCCAAGCAGUGGAGAAUGGUGACUCUAUGGAGGUGGUAUAUACGGGCUGGCUCCUGCAGAACCACGUCAUUGGACAGAUGUUCGAUUCUAACCAGAACAAAGACAAGCCGCUGCGACUUAAAAUCGGAGCUGGGAAAGUAAUCAAGGGAUGGGAGGAAGGAAUGCUUGGGAUGAAGAAAGCUGGCCGUCGUCUUAUUAUCAUCCCGCCUAGUCUAGCUUAUGGAUCCAAGGGAGUUUCCAACCGAAUACCAGCUAACAGCACUCUGAUCUUUGAAGUGGAGCUACGACGGGUGAAGUUUUCCAAAGACAGUGGUUCUGAUCAAGCAAGUGCCAGCUCCAGAGAAUCUGCUGCUCCCUCUCCGGCACCAUCCCCAGCACCCAGUGUGGAAAGUCUGACAUCAGAGCCUUCAUCAUCUUCAGGCAAACCAGGGGAGCCAACACUUGGAGCCAAGUCAAACUCUGUGACUGAACAGCUGGGGCAGAACCCAGAUGCUACUAAAGCCAAGCUGAUUUCUCGCAUGGCGAAGAUGGGGCAGCCCCUGCUCCCCUUUCUGACCGGAGCUGCCGGCCAGCCUGAAUCGAGUGACUCUGAGCUAGAGGACACCAGCUCCAACAGAGGGAAGGAUUGUCCUGCAGCUCCGUCUCCUGUGCCGAUCACAGCAGCCGCUCCAGCUUCUACCCACAUCCAUCCUCACGUUGCUCCGUCGACUGCCUUGCUUCCCGUCAUUCCUUCGGUUGGUCCUUAUCCUGGGCUGCCAGGAAGCAGCCACGCUUUUCAGACCUCUGCGGCUCCGUCUCAGAUGCAGGCCGUCGGCCAGGUCUACCCUCCUCAAGCUGUCCCGUACGUUGGUUCUGGGGAUGUGACUUCCUUCUUGAUGACAGAGGCUCGGCAGCACAACACAGAGAUCAGGUUAGCCAUGGGGAAAGUAGCAGAUAAGGUGGAUCAACUAGCCUCCAAGAUUAGUGAUCUUGAAAAGCAGGGAACUCAUUCUGUUGGUGUUUCUUGUAUGACAAUGGAAACGUCUAUGAUUGUGCACAAUAUUAACCGAAUUGUUCAGGAAAAUGAAUCUUUGAAAAAGGAAAUGUUUGAGAAGAGCUCUAGAAUCGAGGAGCAGAAUCGUAAGAUUGGGGAUCUCAUCAACCAGAACCAGAAAUACAUGGAGCAGAGUCACCUGCUGCUGGAACAGAGGAACGACACCCUCAAGUCCUCCAGUGAACAUAACCAGGCUCGAUUACUGCAGGCUGAGCAAGACAAGCAGCAUGCUCAGCCACUGGACCGUGGCUCUGGCCAGGUCCGUCUGACGGAGGAGUUGGCUUCAUACACCGCACGCGUGUCUCAGCUGCAGCUUGAAGCUACGGCUCACCAGCAGAAGGCUGCAAAGCUGCAGUGCGAACUUAACUCAGCGUUGCAGGACAGCGAGAGCCACUGCCAACGCAUCGCCGCUCUGGAAGCACAGCUGGAAGAGUUGAAGGAGGCAGGAGAGAGGGCUCAGAAUCAGUACCGCUCAGAGAAACAGAGACGGAAAGAGAUGGAGCUGAGAGUCAGUGCCAUUGAAGAGGAACUGCAGGACCUGAAAUCUGAUAAAGAGAACCUAGAACGGACUCUAUCUGAAAGGAAGAAGAAAUGGCAGGCAGAACGUCAGCAUCGGGACGAGGAGGUGGAGGAGCUCCGGAAAAGCAGCCAGCAGGAGCUGGACAAGCUUCGGGCUCAGCUCCGUAAGGCCAGGACCUGCAACGACAGCGCUGCAUCUGAGCAGCUGGCUCAACUGCAGGGGGAGCUGGAGGAAGAAUGGCGGAGGAAGAGUGAGCAGAUGUUAGCCGUAGCUAAAGAACGGCAUCACAGAGAGCUGUCUGAAUUAGUGGAGAACAGAGACACGCUUCAAGAUAAGCUAACUCGACUACAAGAAAAGCACUUAGCCCUGGAGCAGCAGGGAGGCUCUGUGAGGGAAAAGCUGGAAAGACGAGUGGCUGAACUGGAGAGGAAAGUGGAAGAGCAGGACAGCACAGUGGACACAUCAGCAGAGGUGAAACGUGUGAUGAAUGGAGUGUUUCAUUCUCUGCGGGCAGAGUUUGAGCUCAGUGAAUCCUACAGUGGCCAGGCUGUGCUGGGGGUGAUCGUCUCUACCAUUAAGAACGUAACGCUGCAGUUGCUCAGUGGCACGGUUCAGUCCGCACCAAAACCAGAGAACAAGCAAGAGGAAAAGGAAGGCAAUGAGAGUGAGGAUGUGAAACAACUGGAGCAGAAAUCUCAUCUUCACGUUAACGGGGAAAGAGAAGUGAAAGAGGAAGAGAUUGUGGAGCAAGCGCAUGUGAUGGAUGCAGGUUAUCAUCAAGUCAACGAGGCCCUGAUGGUUCAGGAGGCGGCACCAGAGUCAGAGACACCCAGCCAGGCAGAGGAUUCUGAGGCUGCUGAUGUCUGUCCAGUUCCCAGCCCUGAGCCUGCAUCCCAGGAUCCACAAGCAGAACCAGUGGAGUCUGUGGUCCAGCAGGAGAAGGAGCAAGCCACUGCCGCUGACGCUUGUACUGAAGAAAAGGAUUUGGAGUGUUUGGGUCCUGAUGGCCGACCUGAUGAGAGCCCACUGCCUGACGAGGGUCAAGAAAAGGCGGCUGCACUAAGCUGUGGGGUAGAUGGAAACAGAGAUGCAGGAAGUCUGGAAGGUGAAGAUCCUGUUGAAGAAAUAACUGCUGCUGCUUCUCUGAAAGCAUUCGGACCACCAGCCAACCCACCCCCUCCUCCAGCUGUUGAACCGAACAACUCUUCAGAAGACACUAGUCUGACCGGAGCAAUGGGUGAGGAAAAUGGAGAAGAGUUGUUUUUCCAGGUCGCGCCUCCUGACAAACCCCCUGCUGCUGCAGGUGAGGAGGAAGAGGAGGAGGAAAUGAGCUUAAAGGGGCGUCCCCCGCCAGCCCCUCUGUUCGGGGAGGAAGAGGAAGAUGACGAUCUGGACUGGUUGAACUGACUUCACAGUCCAGUCCUUUCCUUAUUUCAUCUGCCAAAAUCAGACCUGGUUGUUGUUUGGGCACUUUGGGGUUCUGAAUGUGAUGAGACGAGCUCCUGCUGAUGGACUGAACCGAGCAGACGGUGCGUCUCCAGUGCUCGCCUGCUGCCACAGCUUCUGGGCCAGAACCCGGGCCAGAACCCAGCCCACUCGCACUCUGAUUCUGGUAGUUCCAACAAUUCUGUGCUUCAGUGAAGAAUUGAAGCCUUUAUUUAAUUCUCAAAGAAACCGUUGAGUAUCUUAUUUUUUACCUUGCACUUAGCAGAUCAGUUUUUUAAUCAGCAUCAGUGACCUUUUCAGGGUUUUAAACGAUAUGACAUGUUUUUUAAGAAUCAAACUUUUACAGUUACUAACAUCGGAUUCAUGUCCAAAACAACUGACCUGUCCUUAGAUUUUUUUUCGAAUGUUGUGAGCAGUUUCAUAAUAGAGAUUUCAGGAAUUCAAGUAUUGGAUGUCAGCCUUCUGAUUAUUUGGCAAGUCUGCCUGUUCUAAAUGUCAUUAAAUGACUCCUACAAUA